AUCAAUCAACAUCCCCCCAUUCGAACGCACCUUACUUCCCGCUGAGCAACAGCACCCGAUCGAAAGAAGAAAACAAAUGUCUUACCUUGAUCGCAUCACAGGAUCAUGACGAUGAGAGAGUACACGUGAAACACGCGAUAUGAGAACUGGUGGAGGUUAUGAUGGAUCGACGGAGCAGCGAUAUCGUAACCGCACGUCGAGCACCCUUCGAUAAAUGUCUUACUUAGCCACAGGUCUUCCAAAUCUUAGCCAAACCAAUGAAGCCUGUGUUGCUUGGAUGGUUGAGCAUGUAAGCAUUUUCAGAAAUGGUUGUUCUGACGUUUCACCCGUUCCCGUGUGUUUUUUGGUAGGGCCAUUAUCGCUGAAGAACCAUCUGUCAUUUUAUUAAUUUUCCAAAUUCAUAUUCUAUCCCGGUUUCUCAUACCCCUCUAGACUGAAAGUUUCCUCUCCCUGUCUCCUGGGGCUCUCGACCCGGGUGCUAUCCGAAAAUUCAAAUUAAUGUGUGUGCGCCAUGCUGCGUACUGGUAGCAAGGCUCAAAUAAAUUGAAUAAGCAAGAAGAACCGAACAAAUACAAGGCAAACAAAACGAAAUUUUAUUCAUAAACCCCCUAAACGUGGGCCCCCCUUUAUUCGACACCAACGAAUUUCUUCUUGGAAGUGAAAUCAUAAGAAUAAGCAAGUAUGAUUUAUUUCGCUGGUUGCUUGUGGGGUUUGGUCGCUGGUCCCACAUACAGCCAUACUGGUCUUCAGGGAGUUAUGCUCAAGUUCUCGGUAUUUGAAACUUCCUUCCUGGUGUUUGAAGCAUUUUUGUUCUCGAAAUGAUCACAUUGUGUUGCUUGUUUUUUCUCUCUCUUAAUGUUUUAUUUAAUCCACGGGAGUCCUCGCUGUUCGAUUAUCUUGAUCUGCGUGCCCUUCCUGUGUUGGCUCGAUAAAUGUCGGCUUCUCCCACCCAUUUAGCCGUGGUUUGAUGAUCGGGAGCUCAAAAAAGAAAGAAGAUUGAAUGCAAAAUUUUGGAACCUACCUUUGCUCAUUUGAAUAUACGGCGGCAAGUGCGAACAGACAAUCAUCAGUGCUAAUGUUUUAGGUGAUAGCGUAUUUACGAUUAUCGGUUUUCGAUGCUGUUGCAUUUGAUAGGAGUGUUUGUGCAUUAUUGGCGUAUGAUUGCAAGUUGAUGGAAUGUUAUUAAUGUGUAUCAAAAUAAAUUACUGCUCUGACCUGUUCUUUGUAGAUGAUAAUAUUUAGCACAGCUUUGCAUAAGCCAAUCGUUUGGUACUUAUUUUAACGGAUAUAUAGCGGAUAUUCGAUCCUCCCGUUUUCACUGUACGAUUGUUUUACAUUUACAUUUUUCAACAUACACCUGUUCUCAUUUUCAAGUUCUGUUCCUGUUCUCAUGAGUUCUCAAGUGAGAAUAGGUGUAAUUGUGAAUCAAACACAGCUACAAACAGAUUCCCGAAAAGUUUGUUUAAGAUUAUUUAUACUUUUUUUCGUCAUUGAUGCUUUCUGUAAUCUUAAAACUUCAACUCAAAUUACACAAAAAUCGCCAAAAGUGCAAUUAACAGAAAAAGAAGAAAAUUUGAAGAAAAUCUGCAAUAAAAUGUAAAGUGAAAAAAAAUGAGAAUGAUCAAGAGCUCAAAGCAGUGCUGCAAAAUGUCACUGUCUAUGUCGUAUGCCAACCAGGCCGUCCUUACGAGAAAUAAACAAAAAACUCAAUGUCAGCGUCAUUAUGACAUUCCUUUUUAUACAAUUUUGUUUGCGGGAUAUGCGUCACAUCUUAUCUAAUCCUAACUUUCAUAUUAUUGUAUUUUCUCAAGCGAUGGCACCGGAGGAAAUAGGCUUAUAGAAUUUAAUGUCAUUAGAUUUUCUAGAUACGAUCGGCACCACAAUUUAAAAAUCGUAUAAUAAAGGGUCUUUUGGGAAAUAAACCAGCUCGGAUGAUUCAAAUAUGACAAAAUUUUCCAUGAAUGUAUAUGUAUAAACUCAGUUUGAAAAUACCCUGUGUUAGAUGCACCACUGAACACAAACCAAUAUAUGAGGUUAAAUUUAAUUAAUACAGAAGAUAACAGUGUCAUGCCAUAAUGUAAGAUUGUUACUCAAUUAUAUAACAAACCAAUUCCAAUGCCGCCUCCAGCAAACCUUAGCUGCAGCUUAGUUAGAUAAACUUUAUUGAUGACGCAUCAAUGCACAAAUAAAACAGCUGGAUGAAUUUUCUGUGUAAAGGAAUAUUUACCGGAUUAUACCUUAUCUCGUGACGGCUGAAAAAUUGACGACUUAAAGGCGUGAUAAGCUACCGCUAACGAUGGUCAAUCGAAUUUAUUUCGCAAAAGCCGGUCUCUCGCUCUCUCCCUGUUUGACUGUCGUGGAAACCUGUUGAAACACCACGGCCGAACUUCGUUUCAUACCGAACCUUUAGUAUACGAAACCGCUGUCGAUCGGUGCACGGUUUGAAAAAUUCGUCCACAAUCUGGUUGAAGGUUUUUAAUUCGGCUCUUUUUUUCGAUCCCCUCGAUGUCAGGCGAAAUGCUUUGCGGUUACGAUUUGUUGCCAGUUUGUUUUCAAGUUCAUUCUAGCGUUCACCUUCAACGGUUUCCACGCGGAAGGACAAACAGAGAAAAUCUACACACACACAACAACAAGCAAUCGUCGUCACACGAUCAGCAAUAAAUUAUGAGGCAUAUUUCUUGACCACUGAUUCCUCACUGGAUCUUCACCUCAAAAAGAUGGGUGAAAAAGAGAGAUACAAAUAGGUAUGAAUAAGGGAGAGAGAGGAGGAAAAGAAAAAGUAUCUCUUCCAUGCACCUUCGUCAAACGGCUGGAAUGCUCAUGAGAUGACAUUCACUCGAUAUUAAGAUUCAGUUUUUGUGUUGUGCUUUGUUUUAAUGACGAUCGAAUGAAAUUUCUGAUGGAACGUACUUCUGUCGUCAUGUUGCUGCGGCACUACAAGCACACACACACAGUGAGAGCUCCAAUCGGUUUGUUUUUUUUUUUUUUGAAUAAUUUUGAAUUUUUAAUUAACCAACCUCCGAACGAUUUCACCGUUUUUUGCUUUUGGGAAAGGGAUCAGCUAAAGGUUGGCCACGGUUUGCCACAAUUAGUUAAGCUGACACACAACAGACAAAACAUCGGAGAGCGAGAUAUUUGAUACCACGCUCCACCAAACAGGGUGGAAUGCUAAUGUAAAGUCAACAGGUUCUCGGUUCUCCGCCCAAGGACGUUCAGUCAACUUUACAGACAAUUUCAAGUAAACGAAGAUAACUGUAAUUAAUACUCACGCAGCAGCUAAUGAUCCUGCCCGCUUGUAUGUGUGUGUAUGUUUUUGUUUUUUGUGCCGCCAUCAACGACACGUUCUAUUUAGAACUUUCACUUGCUUUGGUUUAUUGCGAAGCCGCAGCAAUGCCCACAUUCACUUGCACUAGCAGCAAACACACGACACCCGGGAUGUGAAGAUUGAUUCAUUAGUGGAAUCAUGAUCCGUUUCCUAAUACGCCCGAAACGCUGCCGACACGGUCGUCCUCUAUAUUUGUCACCAUCAACGUCCUCUGUCCCGUCCCAAAGGACGAUGCUGGCGUAAAUUGACCACAUCGCGCACGGGAUGUGCAUGUAGCGAAUUCCUUCCAGACUGAUGCGUGGGCUUUUGGGAUGUGAAGUGAAAACGCACCCGAUGACGGUUUAAUGGUGCAGCUACCAAUUAAUUAACACAUGGCUCUGUGGCCAAUGGCUCGGUCCGUCGGCUUGGCUGGCUGGUUGGUCCAAUGAACGGAAUGCAAUUAGCCGUCGGGAUGAAGCGUCACCAAGCGAAAACCAGUUCAGCUUUCGUUGGCAUAUAUUCGGAGCGUUUUCAUUAUUUCUCUCCACGCCGGCCUCCGUUUCGCUGCAAAACGGCCGGUCAGUAUAUUAUUACAUUGAAUUUACGAUAACGUUUCUCACGAUGGUGGGUUUUUAGCAUACACAUUUCAUAGAAACGGAGGGUGUUGUUGUACUCUUUGCAUAUGAAAUUAAGUCGGUGCUGUGAUAUGGGUGACCGCGAAACAUGAGAACGAUCAUUUGAUUUCUUUCCUAUAGUCGUCUGAGUCUGACUACCUUUGAUGAUAGUUGAUAAAAUCCAUAGGUUUGGACCUGACUAACUUAAAAUGAGCUAUACUUGAUUACCGUGGUUUAUGACAUUUCGUUUCAAAAGAUCUUCAAACUUAAAUCAAUCGUGUAUGUUACUAGUUUACAUGGCAUGUUCGCAUGCGUAUUAUAGGUCAUUGUUAUCAUUGUAUUGUCCUUCGGCAUGGCUUUAUCUUCAGAAUUACUUUCAAAAAUAAUGUAAAAUUAUGUUUCAAGAUACGACAAUCGCUAAGCAUGUUGGCUUAGACCUAACUGUUCUUGAAUAAGCAUGUUUAAAAAUUCUGGUUUUUGCAAUCUGCUCUUCUGUCAGUAAACCUACACCUAACGCUUAUGGUUUCCGUUGUUGCGGAAAUAACAAAAAAGGCCACCUCGUACCUGGCAUUCACGCAUGAUGUUAAUAUUUGUAAGAAAAACACCUAGAACGACCCUUUUUGUCAGCUAAUAGAUUGCAUAAUAUUUAACAAACGUGAAUAAAAUAUGACUCCCAUUCGCUCCAUGCAUGCCAUAAUGUUAUGUGAGAAACAUGUUUAUCCAGUUUUUGCCUAGUACUACCAUGGCUUUUCUCACGGUACAUUUGAUAAGUCUACGGUGUCAAUGUACACCAGAGCACAAAAAAAAACCUCGAAUUGAAAGGAAUCUCUUAUAGAGUGGAAAGAGUAGUCCAUCAUUAUCUAAAUUGUGACCCAAAUGAAAAAAAAGUUAUGACUUUUUCCUUUCAACCUGUACAAAUGCAUGUAGCCUGCAAAAAUCCAAUUUUAUUUGUAAUUUCAAUUCUAAUAAAAUUCGAAUUCAAUUCAGUUUCAAUAAAAUUCAAUUUUAUUUUAAAAUCUAAAUGCUGUAAUCAUACUUCACACAGCUCAUUUUGUGCUCAUAAUCUAAUGUUUUGGAUUUACUACCACUUUCUAUCCUUAGCUUAUUUAAGAGCAAAUUUUCAAACAAUACUGUGCUAAAACAGAUGUUUGUAUCAUUUAUGGUAAUUUUUUCUGCUUUAAAAGACGUUUUUAGACAAUCAAAUUACGAAAUACAGAUAAUUCCAAAUAAGCUGGUUAAAAACAGGUGCGGUAGUGUAAACUUCCCAUCACAUAAAGCUCACUUCCCUCAAGAAAAAGUCAAGAAUGUGUCCCAAAGUUAUUGUGAUUGUGGAGGACAUUUCGGUUUUUGUACUAGUCAAGUUUAUUCUUGGGCGUUUUUCAGUUUGUAUGACUUUAAAAUCUCAGAUACAUUGAGCGAUUAUAAGUAUCGCCCAAUUCAAGCCCCGAAUAGACCGUGACCCCAUACGUAGGACUGACUAUUCUGCUAUAUCAAUCAAUCAAUAAGUCACUAAAAGCCAUGCCCACUAGUGUGUGGGACAGGCAAGCCUUGACUGACAUCGGUUGUUGAGCCAAAGAAGACGAAGAAGAGGAUUAUUCUAAUGUAUAAUUAUGAAAUACUAAACAUACGUAAAACCCAUAAUUAAUUUAAACAAACAAAUAAGCCAAAUUAAUUUAUACGCGUAGACACGUCGAGAAAAAUUCUGCCAAUAUGAUAAGUUUGUAAUAAUAAAUGGAAUAGUAAAUCGAAUAAACACAGCAUAGAGUCUUUUAGUAAAACAUCGGAGAUUUGAACUAACCCAAAAUUAAAAUAAAGCACAAUUAUAUAAAAUACCAUUUGAUUAAAAGUUUUCAAAUUCUACGACAACAAAAGACUUCCAACAACAACAGAAAAUGAACGCACUCGGUCAAUACUUGAGCCUCGCCACGAUCAUUACCGAGCGCAAAGUAAAACUGAACGAUCAGCAAUCAACGCAUAUUCCACAUGCAAAAAUAAACCAUACAUCUCUCAACCUGUGCAAACCCUUUUACGCUGUUGACCGAGCCGAGCGUUUCAUGCCUCGCUUAUUUAUGUUCCAUCCGUUGCGCUUUUUACCCUCCGCACCACCGAUCGGAUACGAUCACGUAAAAUGCCUUCGGUCCACGUUGUCACCACAUCUGCGCAGAGCUCCGGUCACCAUCGGGAAGGUGAAAAUGGUAAAAAGUGUCCACCCAGCGGUGCAAUUACUGUUUGCCUACGGCAAAUCGAUAAAUCAAUCCUUCCGCCCGGACCCUCACGCCCAGCUUUUCUCUUUGCUUGGAGGCGAGUUGGGUCAGGUGCGUCUAGGGUUCGGACGAAAAACCACCACCUCUCACAUCGUUAUCGCCAUUCGCUAGUUAAAGAUCGCGUUCUAGACACUAUGUCCCGCAUCGUAUCAUUCAUCAGCCCUGUUCCGCUGUUCUUGUUGCUCUCGCUGGCCACACUACGCGGUGACCCGUUUGUUGCGCUGCGUACAUCCACCACCAAUCGGACGCUGCUCUGCUGGGCCAUAAAACUGUCCCCGACGGCGUACGUCACCGAUGCGGAGUGUGUCCGGUCCCAUCGAAAGCACCAAAUUGUGAUGAUUUAUGGUGACAUUGCACCGAACCGGACCGUACAGGAGCGCUUGGGUCGAAAGGUGGCUGGCUUGCGGCAACCGGCCUGUCGCUAUCGGGUGCCUUCGCUGGUGCUGGUCGGUGCCCCGGACGACAGCGAGCGAUCCGUGCUGAAUCGAACGGUACGCAACUUUAUCGCAUCCUACGGUAUGGUGCAAUGCGAGCAACAACAACAGACCUGCCGGGAGUGUCGAGUGCUGGCAAUACGACGAAACCUUCCCUGUCCGGUCACACCCGGCACGAUGGCCGUGGUGUACAGCGACUGUCUUAAGCAGCUGGACGCCAUCGAGAUCGAACACGCUGCCAAGGUUACGUCGCAGUGGGACACUUGGGCCUGGACGUUACGGCGAAAGCUCAAAGCAACACUGUACACCGAUCUGGAACGGAUGGGCCGGGCGCGGAUGGAGAUGCUCAACUUUAUGACCGCAGCAAGACGCUGAACUGGUCAACUGGUCAGCGAACGAGUCGUUCGCAUAAAAUGUUGCAGCACGGUCGUAAAAGCUUUAGUCGUUUAAAGUGCAGUCCGGUGCCGAUGUGGACGUGCUUGGUUUGUGUCCUAGAACAGGUGGCGGUACUACUUCUGUACCCUUUCCCGCCACGAGUGGAGAAGCAUUUUAUGGGAUCAAAUGCUGAGUAAAUUCUCACAACAGUUGCAUAUUGAUUGCUCGCCACUCGACUCGAUACGUGGGCUGCAAUAAAACAAAUACUGUAGAUGCAUGCGAUAA